UUUAGUUAUUUUAACAUUCUUCCGUUCAAAUUCUUAUAAGCUGAACCACCUGUCUUUCCCUCCUUCCACUCCCUUAUAAAAACCUCUUUGAUUUUCUCUGCUCCCCAACCAAUGUUCUCAACCUUCCCGCCAAAAUGAGAAUCUCCGAAAUCUCACCGGAGAUCCGCUCCGCUCCACCGGAAAGCCAUUCUCUCCUCCUCGAAGAACUCGAAUCAUCCAUCAAAGAAGCCGAAAACCUCUCUCCGGCCAGCCUCUCGCAGGAAAAACUCUCUGGAAAGCUCCAAAAUACCCUCUCUCACCUCAAUUCCGCCCUACCGUUGCCAGAAUCCGGCAAGCUUCAGAUCUGGAAGUUCAGCUACCGCCUCUGGAAUGCAUGCGUCGAUCUCUCAAAUGCCACUGGAAUCUCCUCCGAAGAAAAUCCCGAUCUUCGCCGGAAGAUCAACGAAGAACAGGCCAAUCUACGUCAGAUCGCCGCCGAUCUGCUAUGUUUCGCUGGAAACGUUGCCGGAGUCCCAUCGCCGGCCUUCAAAUCAGCAUCCUUCUACUACAAGACUGGCUUGAUCUGGCAUGGGCUCAAGAAAUUUGAUCUUGCUGCGAAUUGCUUCGAUCGGGCAACUGAUCUGAUGUCAAAGAUAGAGAUCGAAUCAGUUUCGGACACCGAGGAACGGCGAUUCCUCUUAGAACUGAAUCUGGCAAGAUCGCAAACGGCAUGGGAGGUUUCAGAGCAGAAUCUCGCUCUGGCCUUGCUCAACCGGUCUAAAAAUCUACUUUAUGGAAAUCCAGAGAGCUAUAAAAUCCUAGCAGAGCAGUACUUGCAGUUUGGGAAGAUCGUCCUGUCAAAAGAUCAGAGAUCUUCCAUUAACGAAGCUCGGAAGCUGAUUGAUGAGGCCGUCGAUCUCUGUGAGAAGGGAUUGACGACGGGGAUUGCAAGACGACCCAUGGAAGCUGCGGAGCUGAAGAACCUCCAGUCGAAAUCACUCCGGUUCUUGGCAGCUGCUCACCUGCAGAUGGAGGAAUUCGAGAGCGUUCUGAAAUGUGUUCGGGUUUUGAGGGAUAGCACGAGCGAGGAGCACCCGAGCAUAUCAUUUCUGGCCAUGAAGGCGUGGUUGGGGCUGGGGAGGUAUGGAGAGGCAGAGAAGGAGCUGAAGGGCAUGGUUGUAAAUAAGGCAGUCCCAGAGGGUGUUUGUGUGUCUGCAGUGGAGGCGUUCUUUGAGGGGGCAGGGGCGGCAGGGGCAGAGGCGGUGAAGGUGGUGUUUCUAGGCCUGCUGGGAAGGUGCCACAUCAGCGCUAGAGCUGCAAUUAGGGUGGUGCAGAGGUUGGUAUCAGGUAGCGGCGGCCAUGAGGGGUCAGUUGUCAGGGACAGAGUGGUGGCAGAGCUUGUUUCUGAUGAGAGGGUCGUGACGCUUUUCACUGGCCGUGGGAAGGACGACGUGGCAAAGGAGAGGUGUGCAAUGCACACCAUUUUGUGGAACAGUGGAGCAGAGCAUUUUCGAUCAAAAGAUUAUGGAACAAGUGCAGAGAUGUUUGAGAAAUCAAUGCUUUAUAUCCCGCACGAUGUGGAGAACCGAAUUCUCCGAGCCAAAUGCUUCAGAGUACUCUGUCUCUGCCACCUUGCCCUUUCUCAGCUUGACCGAGCUGAAGAAUACAUCAACCAAGCCCAAAAGCUCGAGUCCAACAUAGCCUGCACCUUUCUCAAGUUCAAGAUCUACCUGCAAAAAAACGAUGAAAGUGCUGCAAUGAAUCAGAUGCAAGCCAUGGUAAACUGCCUCGACUUCAACCCUGAAUUUUUCACCCUGUCUGCCCAUGAAGCCAUGGCUUGCAGAGCGCUGCCUGUUGCCAUCGCUUCCCUUUCCAAUCUCCUCAACCAAUAUUCCCCUGGAAAACCAAUGCCAAUGCCGGAAGUCGCUGUCCUCCGCAAUGUCAUUGUUCUUCUCUUCCAGAUCUCCGACAGCCAGCCCGAGAUCUUGAAAUUCAUGAGACGUGCCCAUACUCGGAUGUCAGAGCUCGGAACCGAACAGUUCUUUGGAAACGGGGCAGUUGGGAACCGUGAGCUGAACUGGUUUGCAGGGAAUUCAUGGAACAUGGGGAUAAAAACUGGUACGGAAAAGCAAUAUGAAUUUUGUGCAGAGUUUUUUGAAUUGGCAUCUGAAUUCUUCAGCGCAAUGGGGGGUGAUGAAAUAGACGGAGGAAACCAUGCCAUGAUUUGCAAGUCCUUGAUCCUUAGCGUUGCAGGCAUGAUCAAUGGUGAGAAGCAGAGAAAAGCUGCAUUGACUGAUUUUGAAGUGAAAAGAGGCAUUGAAAUGCUCGACAGAGCCGGAAAGAUUCUAACGUCGACCAUGAAGGCAACCCAAUCUACCAGUGAUCAACCGACGACUGUCGAUUCUAGCUUAUUCUUCCUACAUACACUCCAUGCUUACCAUCUGCAUGACCGGCUUGACAAUGAUAAACGGUCUCAACAGCUCUAUCUAAUAAAGAGCUUUGCCUCGUUGAAGGCAUGCACCCCACAAAACCUCCUCCAGAUUGGCCUCACUGCCUCUCACGGCCUGAAUUCCAAUCCAGAAGCAGCCCACUUCGCCUUCAAUGCCUGCCUAACCGCCCACCUCGCCUCAGCUUCACCUGACUACCACAAGAUUGCCCUUGUUGUCCGAAAGCUGGCUGUACUCACAGGCUCCAGGGAUGGUGAUGUGGACAACGAGGCCUAUGCAGCAUACAGGCAGGCUUAUCGGAUCAUGGUGGGGCUCAAGGAAGGGGAGUAUCCUGCUGAGGAGGGGAAGUGGCUGGCAAUAACUGCAUGGAACCGAUCAGUCUUGCCAGGGCGACUUGGACAGGUGGACAUGGCAAGGAGAUGGAUGAAGAUGGGAUUGGAGCUGGCCAGGUGCGUGCCGGGCAUGGAAGGAUACAAGGGGUGCAUGGAGGAAUGUCUGGCAGGCAUUGAAAAGCUUGGUGGGGAUGGUUGUAGAGAUGGUGAGGGAGGAGAAAGUGAGAGCAGGAACCGGCUUCUCUUGUAAAUUGUAACAUACAAAAAUUCUUAUCUUUUGUGUUCAAGAGAUUAUGAAAUCAGUUGAGAAUCAUUUACUGCCAAAAUGUUGCUGAUGUAGCAAUCCUAACCCUUGGUCAGUAGCUUGCAGAAAAAUGGUUGAGAUAUCACAAAGGUCCACGAUUAGCAUGAAUAAAAAGGACAAACGUUGGCUCGCAGUGUUCUUUCAAGUUUCCCACUGGGGGAGUUGUUGUGCAUGCAUGGACUAUCCCCGGUGAUUCACAUUACAUGAACGCUCUGUAUUAAUGAGCCAUGCUCCCCACCACUUGCCUGGAUUACUGUAAAUCCCCUUAUAGUAGAUUGUCUACAUUCUCCA